GGUAUAAGUCAACAUUCAAGUGUUAGAAAGAUCUGCAAACGUAUAAUCUUUGUUAAACCACGCCGUACACCAAGCGCGAUGCGUCGAGCGAUACGGCCGUCUACACCGACAGCGAAGCGGCAACGCCGCGAAUAGCUUUCAUUAGCGCAGUAUAGCUUGCGCCUCGCAUGGAGAGGACGCUUCGCUUUCUCGACCUGCGUAGAAAAUGGCUCUUUAUAAUUUAUUGUUAUUCGUUAAUAUACAAAAAAAUCCUUUUAAAAUGACAUUCUCAUAGUGUUUUGUAGUGACUUUUUUUGAUAAAUGUUGUAGGGGGUAUUCUUGAUUUUACAAGUAGGAUCGUUCGAAAGUAAAGAUGAAUACGCGCGAGUACCGCGAGAAGUUGAUAGACGAGGUGAAGAAGUACCCCGUGCUGUACGACACGCGCCACGAGAACCAUCGCGAUAUCGACGUGCGCGACCGCUGCUGGAUGGAGAUCUCGGAGCGGUUCGGUGCCAACUGCGAGAUCCUGAAGCGCGAGUGGAAGAUCCUGCGCGACUCGCUGCGGCAGUCGCUCAAGAAGUGCAACAAGGGCGCCACCACCAAGGCGGGCGUGCCGUGCAAGAAGUGGCGCUUCCAGAACCGCAUGGCCUUCGUGCUGCCCUACAUGACCAAGCGCCGCUCGCCGCGCGCGCUGCGCGACCUCAAGCGCGACGAGGCCGAGGCGCCGGAGCCCGAGGCGCCCGAGCCGCCCGAGGCGGACGAGGCGGACUGGGAGCCCGGCGGCGACCACGACGCGCUCGACCUGUUCUUCGCCAGCGUGUGCCAGAGCGCCAAGCGCCUGCCGCGCCGCCUGCACCGCGGCCUCAAGCGCGACGUGCUGGACGCGCUGCUGCGCGCCGAGGAGCAGCACGAGGCCGACCAGCGGGACUGCAAGGAGGCCGUCUCCAAGCUGUACUAGCGCCACUGGAGAGAGCCUUGUGUUGGACUAUGUGACUGAUCUGUGACGUGUUACGUGUAUAAUAGUGUUCAUGUGAUUGACAAAACAUGGCUAUCAUAACAGACUUGUAAAAAUGAUAAGACUAAGUUAUUUCUUUUAUAUGUAAAAUUACUUCGUAGACUCAAUAAGUUUAGAUCCUGUAAAGGUUUAUUGUACAGUACUUCCAUUUAGAGAUAAGGAUCUUAAUAAAUCACAAUUAGUGACAGUAAAUAAUAUAAUAGAUAACAGUCGGUAAACAGACAGCAAUAAGUACGGAAACAGUGAUUACAGCCAAAAGUUUGUGCAUAUUAUGUUGUGAUCCAUCUUUACACUUUGCUAAAAAUACAAUAAUUGCAAACAUC